UCUCUCGCGACAGCGGCUGCGGGUCCUCAUGGCUUUCAUCAGGCAGAAUGAUCGCGUCAAAGAAAGAUUUUCACUGUUGUUGUUGGACCUGGAGGAACAUUAUUUUGAACAGCACACAGCAUAUAAUCUGACCAUCAGAGGUACAGAGGCAAACAGACGGACCAGUGGCUCACUAAAGAUAUGUUCCAAAUCUGUCAUUUUUGAGCCUGAUGGCACACCAGGGCCUGUUUUAAAGAUUCCUCUAAAAGACUGCAGAGGAAUAGAGGCAGUGGAGGAAAAUGAGAGCAACCUAUUUAUAGAAAGUAAACCUGCCUGUAUUCUCAUUGAAACCAAGCUGGUCUAUCUAAUUAAAGAAGGAAACGUGGUUGCUCCAUAUAAAUAUGAAAGGGGAGAAAGAAAAUUCAUAUUCCAACUGGAUGAGUCCAGAAAAACAGAGGAUGUUGUUCAGAUAUUACUACAGUUACACAGAGCAACCUGUCUUGAUAAGCUGGGUGACCAGACAGCUAUGAUUGCAGCUAUCUUGCAGUCCAGGUUGGCAAGAACCUCUUUUGAUAAGAACAGUUUUGAGAAUGUAUUCGAGCGGCCACACAUGGAAUGUGAGGCAGAGAUGGUUUCUCCUUUGGUGACGAACGCUGGUCACGUUUGCAUCACUGACCUCAAUCUAUAUUUCCAGCCUAUGAAUGGUUAUCCUGAUGCUGUAGUGCGGAUUGGGUUACACAGCGUUAGAUGGAUCUACAAACGAAGACAUGGACUGAGACCUUUGGGUCUUGAGGUGUUUUGCACAGAGAAUGAUUUGUGCUCCGAUAUCUACCUGAAGUUCUACAAUACUAAAGACAGAGAUGAGCUUUACUACUACAUCGCAACUUUCCUUGAGAAUCAUAUGACUGAACACACAGCAGAGAGCUACAUGCUGCAGUGGCAGAGAGGACACAUCUCCAACUAUCAGUACCUGCUACAUCUCAACAAUCUGGCAGACCGCAGUGUAAAUGAUCUUUCACAGUAUCCUGUGUUCCCCUGGGUCAUAAGUGACUAUAGCAGUGCACAAUUAGACUUGUUGAAUCCUGCUACAUUUCGAGAUCUCAGUAAACCAAUUGGAGCUUUGAAUACAGAAAGACUGGAGAGAUUACUGGAACGUUACAGAGAUAUGCCCGAACCUCGUUUUAUGUACGGCAGUCAUUACUCAUCACCUGGAUAUGUGCUUUUCUACCUCGUCAGAGUUGCUCCAGAACACAUGCUGUGCCUGCAGAAUGGACGCUUCGAUCAUGCGGACAGAAUGUUUAACAGUGUUGGAGAGACAUGGAAGAACUGUUUAGAGGGCGGUACUGACUUCAAAGAGCUGAUUCCUGAGUUCUACGGGAAUGACGGCAGCUUUCUGAAGAAUCUGCAGCAUUUGGAUCUGGGCAGGAGGCAGGGAGGCGGGACAGUUGAAAAUGUUGAGCUUCCUCCAUGGUCAUCAGAUGCAGAUGAGUUCUUACAGAAAAUGCGUUCAGCUCUGGAGAGUCAGUAUGUGUCUGAACAUCUGCAUGAGUGGAUUGAUCUAAUCUUUGGAUUCAAACAGAGAGGAAGUGAAGCUGUGGCUGCCCAUAAUGUUUUCCACCCAUUAACAUAUGAGGGAGGAGUGGACUGUGAUAGUAUUGAGGACCCUGACCAGAAAAUAGCCAUGCUGACUCAGAUUUUGGAGUUUGGUCAAACGCCACGGCAGCUUUUCACCACUCCUCAUCCUCAGAGAAUCACUCCACGCUUCAACAACCUGUCCGCAACACCCAGCCUCAGCAGCAGCGACUUCUCGCCAGUUUCUCCCAGUAUGGAGUCAUUUGAAGACCUCACAGAGGAGAGUAAGAAAAUGGCCUGGAGCAACAUGAACAAACUCACACUGCAGUCCUGCCACAAACUACACAAGGAAGUAGUAACAGACAUUGCUGUGACCCUCAGUGGAGACUUCAUCUUCUCAACAUCUCAAGACUCUACAUUGAAGAUGUUCUCAAAAGAUGGUGCCCUGCAAAGAAGCACAUCCUUCUCCAACAUGGCACUCUCGUCCUGUCUGAUUCUGCCUGAAGAUAAGAUUGUUGUGUGUUCUUCAUGGGACAAUAACGUGUAUUUUUACUCCGUAGCAUAUGGAAGACGACAGGACACGUUGAUGGGUCACGAUGAUGCAGUCAGUCAUAUUUGCUGGAGGGAUGACAGACUUUACACAGCAUCCUGGGAUUCCACUGUGAAGAUUUGGGAGUGUGUAGCAGCUGAAAUAUCAAAUAAUAAAAGGACUCCGUUUGAUCUGGUUGCUGAAUUUGAGCACGAGUCCGGGGUUAAUACUUUAGAUCUCAGUCCAGCUGGCACACUCUUGGCAACGGGCACUAAGGAAGGAACUCUGACUGUCUGGGACAUCACCAGCCCUCUGCCACUCAAUCAGCUCACCUGCCAUUCUGGAAAGAUCCAUCAGGUGGCCUUCAGUCCUGACAGCAGACAUAUUCUAAGUGUUGGUGAGGACUCGUGUUUGGCAGUUACAGAUGUGCAGACAGGCAUGCUCAUUUCUACUGUGCAUACAGAGGAAGAACAGAGGUGCAUGUGUUGGGACGGCAGCACCGUGUUAUCUGGAGGGCUGUCCGGAGAACUCAGUGUGUUGAACCUCCUCAGCAGUAAAGUUAUCCAUAAGAUACCUGCUCACUCAGGUGCAGUUUCUUGUAUGUGGAUGAACGAGCAGUGCAGCACUGUCAUUACAGGCGGCGAGGACAAACAGAUUAUUCUGUGGAAACCCCAGUAUUAACACACACGCACACGCUUACACACACACACACACACACUUGUCAGUCAGGUUCUGUAAAUGCAAUUUAUCACAAGUCUAUUUUCACCAUAUGGUUUCAUGGGUCAAUUUUGAGCAAUGCUGAAAAGCAGGAAAACCAGAUCUCUGUAGCGCCCUUCAUUUAUUUGGUCAACGUUUUAUUGGAAGGUUUAUGACACCGAUAACAGUUUUAAACAGUUACCACCAUUGCCGUAAAAUAACUACAUUGUAUGAUGUCGUUUUAUAUUAUUAUUUUACCAUUUUUACCAGUUUUAAAAAUUGGAAUGUUUUGGAUGUUUUAAAAAAAAACAAAAAAAAUCCAUCAGUAUAAUUACAUCUCUAUAAAAUGAAUAAUAGUUGAAAACUUUGACAGGUUUAAACAACAACAACAACAACAACUAUAAAUGCAAUGGUCUAAAGGCAAUCACGUCACUAUUAUUAUAAUGUUUGUGAUAAAUAUAAUAACUGAAUAAAAUAAUACAUUCCAAAUCGUAACGGAUGGCGCUCAAAGUUUACACAAAAUUCAGAGAUCGACCCGUGGAUCCCUUAUUACAGGUGUUGGAAGUAUUAAAGGAUAUAUAUAAUCACAAUCCAUUUAUUUCAAUACUGUAUAAUAAUAUCACUUAUGUUCGCACAUUGUCAACACAGAAAUAAUACUGCAGUCUUUCUGCUCCGCCCAUGUAAAACAUGCCAAGUUAUCUGUUGUAAACUGGGUCAAAGAUUUGUUUUGCCCCAUGCAUUUGAUUGCAAUUUGGGGGUAUUUACUUGGUUAAGUUAUUGCUUCGUUAAGAUUUGAUGUCCUUCAGGUUUGCUGAAAUCAUGCCACUCUACAGUUUUUGAGCCAUGGAAGUUUUUAAUGUGCCUUAGUUUUUAAUCAUUUGACCUUUUGAGCAUUACUUUUAACACCCUCUUCUUAAAUAUGCUCAUAUCUUCUGCAAUGAUACGAAACAAAUAUGAAAUGUUAUGUAUUGGAACAUAGUAAAAUGAAGGUUAGAGUGAAACAUUCUGUAACAUAAGAAGUUAUAAAACUACAUGGUUAUGGAUGCCUUUCUGUAUAUAAAAAUCAUUUUAUAUUCAUGCACUAUUAUUUAAAACAGAAUGACUAGAAAAAGUGUUCUUCAGUGAAGAGCGUUUUGUGUGCUAUGUAUUAUUCAUUAAAAUGUUCAAAUAAGUCAAUCUCGCAAGUUAUGCACUAUUCUGUAAUCCCUCAAAAGCAUAUUAAAUAGUGACUACAUGAAAAAGUUUCGUUUUGUACAUUUGGUACGCCAGUCUUAAGGAAUGUUUCAAUGUGUAUUACUAAUAUAGAAAUAUGAUCCAUUCUGUAUGUUUUUGGGGUUUUGAUAAUUUGUAAUUUAUUCUCCAUAUUUGCAUAUCAGUUUCAAUCUAUUUUUAUUUUUCCUCAAUGGGAAAAUGCUGGAAUUCCAAGUUUGCAAUGCACUGUUGUUCUUUACCUGUAGGUUAUACUUACAAUAA